CCACGGCAGAGCGUCGCGGAGACUUCUGUGACAUCAGGAUCAAGCUCGAGCUGCGGCUAAGACGGGCAGGCAGGGCAGAGGGCGCCACGGCAGUGUUUGAAUACCUCCCGUUAUAACACUACACGGAAAGAUGAGUGAGUCACGCAUGGAAUUUCGUCUCAAAAACACCCCAAACGACUGCAUACAGAGCGUGAAGUUUGGUCCGUCGUCAUCACAGUUCCUGCUCGUGGCGUCAUGGGACAAGAGUGUGAGGCUGUUCGACGUCAACAACAACAACAUGCGGCUACAGUACCAACACUCUGGCCCCGUGCUGGACUGUUGCUUCCAGGAUGCUGUGCACGCUUACAGUGGGGGCCUGGAUGGUCAGCUCAAGACCUUUGACUUGAACACCAACACUGAGUCUGUGGUCGGGUCACAUGAGGCGCCUAUAAGGUGUGUUGAGUUCUGUCCUGAGGUGAAUAUGAUCAUCACUGGCUCCUGGGACUCCAACAUCAAGCUGUGGGAUCCCCGAGGCCCACGCGAGGCCGGCACCUUCCAGCAGCCCAACAAGGUGUACACAAUGGGCCUCAGCGGAGAGAAGCUGGUUGUUGGGACGUCCAACCGCAAGGUGAUGGUUUGGGACCUGCGGAACAUGGGAUUUGCACAGCAGCGGAGAGAGUCUUCCCUAAAGUACCAAACUCGAUGCAUCCAGUGCUUCCCAAAUAAACAGGGUUACGUAGUGUCCAGUAUUGAAGGGCGUGUGGCUGUGGAGUACCUUGACCCGAGCCCUGAGGUUCAGAAGAAGAAGUAUGCCUUCAAGUGCCACAGACUCAAAGAAGAUGGUAUCGAAAAAAUAUUCCCAGUAAAUGCAAUCAGUUUUCACAAUGGCUACAACACCUUUGCCACGGGUGGGUCCGACGGCUACGUCAAUAUCUGGGAUGGUUUCAACAAGAAGAGAUUGUGCCAGUUCCAUCGUUACCCCACUUCUAUCUCUUCUUUGUGCUUCAGCAAUGAUGGGACCAUCCUUGCCAUUGCAUGCUCGUAUAUGUAUGAGCAAGAACAAAUAGAUCCCAUGCCAGAGGACUGCAUUUUCAUCCGCCGAGUCACAGACCAAGAGACCAAGCCUAAAUAGAAUGUGCUCAGGUCAGGAAUCUAAGUCGUCCAGCCCAAAUUGGUCCCUUCUCCCCAUUGCUUCCUUGGGCACUCAAGUAACACGGGUCCAAUGUGUGUCUAUAGGAUGGUGGGACAUGGAACUGUCGGUUCUGUUUCAGCCAGUAGCCGUUAUGGUCUUUGUUGUUUCACGCCAGAUGUUGAAUGAGCAAAGUUUGGAGUAGAAAAAUAGACAAUUUUCAGUUUGGGGCAACUUUGAACAUGGUUGUAGAAAUACAGUAGAAUGUCGAUUUAAUGCAAAUUGAUUUUAGAAUGUUGAUGGAAUAUGAGACCCUGAAGUAAGGCUGCAUUACUAAUUUUGCAUGAGUCUUUUCUGUUAAUCAUGAAUUAGAUUUUGCACAGUUUUCUUGCCCAAUGCUAUUGUUUACAGGCUAUGCAGUAACAUUUUUUUCUUCUUUUUUUUCUUUCCCCAAGUGCUGCCUCUUGGAUAAGCCUAUUAGUGGCAUGAGCAAAUUUUAUAGAUAGUGGCUGCUGUGAUGUAUGUGCAUGUGUGUGUGUGUGUGUGUGUGUGUGUUGAGGAGAAGCAGUGUGUGAAGUGAGGUGUGUUGGGUGGGUGGCUCAUGCUACAGGACCAUGCCUAGAUCCACAGGCAGUGUAAACAAGCCAUUUCAUGUUCCUUUGUUUUAUCUAUUUUGACUUAUUGACUUAUUAGUGUCAACAAAAUUUACCCUUCCACCUUUUUCUUAAUUCACCCAUAGUCUGUUCACAAGCUAGACUCUUGAUUGCAAGCCUGUUUUCCCAGUAGUUUUCUUGAUCUCAUUGGACCAAUCUGUGGGUGCUGCCAUGGCCUUACACACCACACCUCCCUGUCCCUCUUGCUCAGGGGGGUAGUGCCCACUUCUGUCAGUGAACUUUUUGGCCUAAGCAGGCACAAACUGUAGCCUACUGGGUGGUAUUUGAGCGCACUAUCCACUCGUCCAUAAAGUGGUGUGUGUGUGUGUGUGUGUGUGUUUAUUUACCUAUUUGUAUCUACCGGGCUCGAGCUAAGCUGUAAUAGUCCCAUCUCCAUAUCUACAUUUAUCCAGCCUUUCCUUCAUUUGUUGGGCACUGUUCGCCUCCACCACCUCUUCCUGCAAGCUGUUCCAUGUGUUAACACUUCCGUGUGGAAAACUAUACUUAUUUAAGUCACUCAAACAGGUUCCUUUAUUAAGUUUCUUCCCCUGUCCUCUCAGCCCGUGCAUUUUCGCAGUUAAGAAGAGAUCAUCUCUAUUCACCUCAUCAAACUUAUUUACCAACUUAUACAGCAUGAUCAGAUCUCCUCUCUCCCUUCUUUGUUCCAGUGUCAUCAAGUCCAUCUUCAAUCUGUCUUCAUAUGUCAUAUUCGAGAGUUCUGAGACCAUUUUAGUUGCAAUUCUCUAUCCUUUCCAGGAUGUGUGUGGGCAUGUGUGUGUGCACGCAUGCAUGCUUGCUUGCUUGUGUGUGUGUGUGUGUGUGUGUGCAUGUGUGUGUGUGUGUGUGUGUGUGUAAUUCACCACGGCUUGAUUGCGGGUUGGACUCGUAAUCGCCAGCAGGUACCCUCCUGACAUGAGCAAGUGCUCUUUAGAGUUGAUCUAUGGGUACUGCCAGGACCUCACACACAGCAUACCCCAUCCCCCUUGCCCAAGGAGGGACAGUAACCACUCCUAGUCAACAAAAAGAAUUCGGGUUGAGCGGGCUCGAACCGCCGUCCUGGCAGACUGUGAAGCCUGGCAGUGCAGUGCUUUAACCAGUUGCGCCACAGAGUGGUGUGUGUGUGUGUGUGUGUGUGCAUGCUUGGUUUUAGAAUGGAGGCAGAAAGGAUUCCCAUGGGUGCUAGGCACCUCUCCUCUGUGGAAUGGGGGGAGUGUCAAAGCUGUAUGCAGCAGCAGCUAAUCAGCUCAUCUUCAGAGAAUCCCUGCAUCACCCUUCCUAGGUUUUUUCAUCCUUGGAGGGCCCUUGCUCAAUCCUUUCCAUAUUUUUAUGUCAGCAAGUGUGUAUCUAAUAAGGGUGUCCCUCACUUAACGAGCAGGAUAUGUUUAAAAAACACCCAUAAAUUAAAUUUUGCUAAAUAAGCCAAUAUAAUAAGGGGUGAGUGGAGACAUGUACAAAUAUUCCAAACUUGGUCAACCUUCCUUAUAGCACUGAUUGCCACAGUGAUAAAAUAAAAAGACAAAGUGCA